AUGGUGACCACCAAUACCCUGUUUUGUCCAGAUACCACACAGCAGGUUUUCUAUGAUAAAUACAUUGUAGGCCACAGGUACACGUGUGCCGUGGCGGUUUUUCACAUGGGUACGCGUGUGCCGUGGCGGUUUUUCACAUGGGUACGCGUGUGCCGUGGCGGUUUUUCACAUAGGUACGCGUGUGCCGUGGCGGUUUUUCACAUAGCACCAAGUCCUCUGAGGCCCGCAGCGCAGGACCGGAAGCGGCCGAGCGCGCUCAGCCCCGCGACCACCAGCCGCUGGAGACCCCUGCGCCGCUGCGCCCCGGGUUUCGCGGCACCCAAGACCCAGCGAGUGCAGCGGCGGCCGCCGAGGAGGUUCGAAAACGCGGCCAAAAGAAAUGCCGAGAAGGAACUGACAGAUAGGAAUUGGGAUCAAGAAGAUGAAGCUGAAGAGGUGGGAACAUUCUCUGUGGCCAGUGAGGAAGUCUUGAAGAAUAGAGCCAUAAAGAAAGCAAAGUGCAGAAAUGUUGGAUUCGAAUCUGACAGUAGAGGAGGCUUUAAAAGUUUUAAAGGUUUAGUGGUACCUUCUGCAGGAGGACGGUUUCCUGGAUUUGGUAGUGGUGCUGGAGGGAAGCCUUUGGAAGGACUGUCGAAUGGAAACAACAUAACCAGCGCCCCUCCCUUCACCAGUGCAAAGGCAGUGGCAGAGCCCAAGGUAGCCUUUGGUUCUCUUGCUGCAAAUGGCCCUACCGCCUUGGUUGAUAAAAAAGUUUCAAAUCCCAAAACUAAUGGGGACAGUCAGCAGCCCUCCUCCUCUGGCCUUGCUUCCAGUAAAGCUUGUGUCGGAAAUGCCUAUCACAAGCAGUUGGCCGCCUUGAACUGCUCCGUGCGGGAUUGGAUAGUGAAGCACGUGAAUACAAACCCCCUCUGUGAUCUGACACCUAUCUUUAAAGACUAUGAGAAAUAUUUAGCAAACAUUGAACAGCAACACGGGAACAGUGGCAUGAAUUCUGAAAGUGAAUCUAACAAAGCUGCGGCUGAAACACGGUCUCCUUCCCUUUUUGGCUCAACAAAAUUACAGCAAGAGUCAGCGUUUUUGUUUCAUGGCAACAAAACCGAAGAUACACCUGAUAAGAAGGUGGAGCUGGCAUCUGAAAAGAAAACGGACCCAUCAUCACUAGGAGCGACAAGUGCCUCAUUUAAUUUCGGCAAGAAAGUUGAUAGCUCUGUUUUGGGCUCAUUAAGCUCUGUCCCCCUGACUGGAUUUUCAUUCUCCCCUGGAAACUCCAGUUUAUUUGGCAAAGAUAUUACCCAGAGUAAGCCAGUCUCUUCACCAUUUCCCACUAAACCAUUGGAGGGCCAAGCGGAAGGUGACAAUGGUGAAUGCAAAGGUGGAGAUGAAGAAGAGAAUCAUGAGCCACCCAAAGUAGUAGUUACCGAAGUAAAAGAAGAAGCUUUUUACUCCAAAAAGUGUAAACUAUUUUACAAGAAAGGUAAUGAAUUUAAAGAGAAAGGCAUAGGUACUCUGCAUUUAAAACCUACAGCAAAUUAGAAGACACAGCUUUUGGUGCGGGCAGACACCAAUUUAGGCAACAUAUUGCUGAAUGCUCUGAUUCCACCCAAUAUGCCACGUACGCGAACAGGGAAAAAUAACGUUUUUAUUGUCUGUGUUCCAAAUCCACCAAUUGACGAGAAGAAUGCCACCAUGCCAGUCACCAUGUUGAUUCGGGUAAACACCAGCGAGGAUGCAGACGAGUUGCACAAAAUUUUACUGGAGAAAAAGGAUGCCUGA